AUGUCUAACUAUAGUUCAUGUCAUACUCCUGUUAACACUAAGUCCAAGCUUAGUGCCACCAUCGAUGCUCCUUUUGAUGAUCCGACUAAAUAUCGUAGUCUUGCAGGUGCUCUUCAAUAUCUUACUUUCACUCAGCCUGAUAUAACUUAUGUCGUGCCACAGAUUUGUCUUCAUAUGCAUGCUCCUACUAAUGAGAAUAUGAGUGCUCUCAAGUGUAUAAUAAGCUACCUUCAGGGUACUUUAUCCCAUGGUUUGCAUUUGCACACAUCCACCGUUGAUCACCUUAUCUCUUACACAGAUGUUGGUUGCAGUGGGUGUCCUGACAACCGUUGUUCAACUUCUGGUUAUUGUGUUUUCCUCGGGGAUAAUCUGAUCUCUUGGUCUUUCAAAAGACAACCUAUACUCUCCUGUGGUAGUGCAGAGGCAGAAUAUAGGGGUGUAGCUAAUAUUGUUUCUGAUUCUUACUGGAUUAGGAACCUGCUUCUAGAGUUGCAUUGUCACCUUCAAAAGGCUACUCUAGUUUACUUAUUCGGCAAUUUUGUUUAA